AUGCUGCACUUCCUGAUGAUCGUGCUCGCCACGGCCCUCACUGCGGCCUCACCGGUCACGGCACAACAGAACGGCACAGCGGUCCCUGCCGCGUACCGCAUCCAAAUCGGCUGCGUCCUCUCCCCACUUCACCCAGAGGCAUGUGAUGCCUACGAGAACUUCCUGAACGCUGUUAUCCCCGGCCUCUUUGCCUUUCACCGCAUGUCGGAACUGGAGCUGCUGGAUCAGGUCGACACCCUGGAGUAUGCACUCGUCGACACCAAGACCAUGUCUUGCCUCGACGUCGAACAAGGAUUCGCCCCUCUCAACGGCUUUGGCCUCCCCGUCGUCACAGUGUCACGUCGUCAACCGCUUGAGAAACUGCUCAACCGCACGAACAGCUUGAUUUCUCGCAAGAUCCAGUUCCUGGGCACACACGAGCGUGUGCUUGAUGCCGUGCUGUCUGGCGAUGCUGCUGCCGGCAUGGUGCAAACCGGUUUCCUCGAGCAAGCCGCCCAUGACGGGCUGCUCAACUGGGAAGACAUCGACAUCCUCGCCCAGGAGAUUGCCAUCACCGAAGACGGCACGCGCUUCCCCUACUUCAGCUCAACCCUUAUCUACCCAGGUUGGACCGUUGUUGCCACCAGCUUCUCAUCGCUGCAGGCGCGCACCGAUGUGCUCAACUUUGUCCUCGCCGUCCCCAGCACCACCAUCGCCUUCACGUCGCCCGAGAGCUUUGCCGGUGUCGGCGAUAUCCUGGAGAACUUUGGCGUGAUUGAGCGCGAUCUUGUGCGCACGACAGAGACCCGCUGCGUCCGCAAGGCGUCCCACGUCGUCGUCCCGGAGACGAACGAGGGUGCAGCACCCGCCGUUGCGAUGGAUGAUGGCGAAGCACAAGCUGAGCAAAUCGAUGAACCUGGCGCCGUCGUGUUGGCCGCUUCAGGUGGUGACGCGGGUUCCAACGCGCACACCAGCGAGCUUGUGACCUCCCAGGUCAUCUGCCCCAACACGCACUUCAUCUUCAACCACGUCGUGCUCGCCACCCGCUGUGCCGGCCGCUCGUGCCCCGAUCAAGCCCGCUGCCUCUGCCGCCCAUGCCAGAAGUCACCGCCUGUGCUGGCACACGUUUCUCCGGUGCAGGUGACAGAGCAGUUCUUCCAACAGGACACCGCCGUGGCAGCCCGGGAUGUGCUGUUGACGUCGUGCGAGCGCAUGCGUGUGUGCGCAUUUUCACAGCAGGCGCAAACGCUCCACUUCGUUCUGGAGGACCAGCUCUAUUUUGAGCGACCAAACAAGGACACAUUGUUCUACUUUGUCAGCCUCUUCUGGGCAGAAGCAGAUGGGACCACGAGCACCGAAGCCGUGCCUCUUCCCACCUAUCCAAACCUCGCGGCAUUCAACAUCACGGGCACCCGCUACGGCACUGGCGUUGUCGAGAUCUAUGUUGCUGACCGCAACACGGAGAUCACCGAGUGGCAGCCCAUUGAUGGAAGCCCUUUCCUGCUUCAGGUCUCGCCACGCGACUGCCCAGAUGGAAUGGAGCCCACGCAGGACAACACGUGCGAAUGCCCCGUGGGUACGCUGGAAGUCAAUGGCGGGUGCAUGCAGGCAAAGGAGUAUCUGCCCAUCUUCAUCGGCAGUGCCCUGGCUGUGAUUGGCAUCGGCGUGUACAUUGCCAUUGCGGUGGUGCGACGAAACGCAGACAAGCUGUGGCAGAUUGACGCGGCAGACGUUGUUGUGAGCGACCCGCCCGAGGUGCUUGGGAUGGGCGCGUUUGGUGUUGUGAUCAAGGGGGAGCUGAACGGCACCGGCAUCGCCAUCAAGCGCGUCAUGCCACGAUCAUCCAAGAAGACGACAGACACAAACGGGCGCAGCACUCGCACGAGGGGCAGGAUCGCCAGCAGCAAGCGCAGUGCCAAGAGUGCCAGCACCGUUGACAGCAGCAACGUCGACGUGUACUCGAUGAACGCGACCAGCACCAUCCAAGCAUCCAAGACAACCAAUGGCUUUGGCAUGAAGUUUGGCAACGUCGACAAUGAGGCAGCGAUUGAGCGGGCGCUGGAGUGGCAGGAUGCGGAAGCAAACAAGGCAACAACAGCCCGCACCGGCCACGGCAAGGAGAUCUCCAACGCCAAGUCUGAGUUCAUGGCGGAGAUUCGCCUGCUGUCGCGCCUGCGUCACCCGUGCGUCGCCACCAUGCUCGGCGCCAUCGUCACAAAGUCAAGCGAAGUUCUCCUCGUCAUGGAAUACCUCGAGCACGGGUCGCUGUAUGACUUCCUGCGCAACGACAAGCUGCCGACACCAGACAUGUUCCUGCUGCCCAUUGUCAAGGACAUUGUGUCUGGCAUGCGCUACAUCCACAACCUCAAGCCACCGGUUGUGCACGGCGAUCUCAAGGCGAAGAACGUGCUUGUGGAUGGCAACUUCAAGGCCAAGAUCUCCGACUUUGGUCUCUCCCAGAAGCAACGCUUUGGCUGUGGCACACCAAUGUGGAUGGCGCCAGAGGUGCUGCGCGGAGGAGAGGUGACGCGGGAGGCGGACGUGUACAGCUUCGCCAUCACCGUGUACGAGAUCUACAGCCGACAGGACCCGUUCCCAGAAGAAGACGCGUCGGAGGUGCUGCGUCAGAUUGCCGCGCGCCAGGUGCCGGCAAAGCGACCCGACAUCCCAGACUCGUGCCCCGUCAUGCUGGCUGAGCUUGCGCGGCGGUGCUGGUCCGAGGAGCCCAAGUUCCGGCCAACGUUUGACCAGGUGGAUGCGCAGCUGGGCGAGCUGAACAUCAGCAAGGUGGGCGCAAGCCUCAUCCAGCAGAAGCAGGACGCACUCAACAAGGCCACGGUGCUCAACGACGUGUUCCCAGAGCACAUUGCCAAGAUGCUGGAGGAGGGCAAGAAGGUGCACCCGGAGCACAAGGACGACGUGACCAUCUUCUCUCCGACAUUCGCAACAGAUCCACAUGUCGACGUCUGCGGGGGACCGCGUGCGGAGCCAGCGCCGUGGGUGAAGCUUGAGUCGCGCGGGGUGCAGAACAUCAAGGGCAAGGGCGAGAUGCUGACAUACUGGCUGGUGAGCACGAGGAAACCUGAGCAGACGGGGCGUGUUGCCAUUGCUGAGAACGAGGCCACCGUCAUUGACAUGGGCGAGGGUGACGAUGCAAGCAGCUGCGGCAUCGAUGAUGGCGAUUGUCACGAUCAAGAGCACACCGGUGAUGACGCCGACGGCCACAAGAACAGCGCGCAGCCGAGGGACAGCAUUGGGGGCGGGUUUGUGUUCAAGAAAAAGUGUGCGUCGUCCAUUGGGCGGCAGUCGGCAGGAACGCACGAGAGCCGCGCAUCGGCGCGCGUGUCCCUGAGCUCCGUGUCGUGGCUCAAUGAUGCAAAGGAGUUUGAGGCCCUGUCACGUGACAGCUUUGGCAGCCGUCGCACCUCCACCACCCCACGCAACCCACCACCACCACCACCGUCGUCGUCGUCACCAUUGUCGGCAAUGCCCCCUUCCCCUUGUGAUGACCACGAUGACCAUGAUGGUGACGCGUCGCGGCCGAAGAAGAAGCGCUCGUCGUACUACGCGCUGGCGGCGGUGGAUGCAGAGGCCUCGCCCAACAACCGCAGAUACAGCGCCAUCAUGGAGGGCAGCGAUGACGAUGAAGUGGACGAGGGGACGGGAACGCGAGGUGAUGGAAACAGCGUCACCAUCUCCAUCCAAGAAUCAGAAAGCGUUGACGUGUAAUGUGUGUGUGUGUGUGUGAUGUGGUUGUGUGUGUGUGUGUGGGGGGGGGGUGUUGUGUGUGUGUGUGUGUUGUGUGUGUGUGUGUGCGUAUGUGUGUGUGUGUGAUGUUGUUGUGUGUGAGAGAGAGAGACACACACACACCAGGGAGAGAGGAUGUGCGUAUGUGGAUUACUCUUGUUGGUUUGGUGUUUUGGUAAUGCCCGUAGCCGUAUCAAGAAGUGUUACUCGCACGCAUUGGUGUGUGGUGUGCAGUUCUGUUGUGUUCUGUGUUCUUCC